AUGGAAACUAUAAAGAAUCGUGUUGGCUUCAUUCGCAAUCCAGUCUCGAACACCAAAUCUCCACGUAGCCGUCCUCCUCCCCAGUCUUCAAUGAAACAUAGCGCUACCUGUGAAUUUACCAACUCAACACCAGUCAAUGCUUCUCUCAAAUCCUCUCCUUCGGUUGGAAAUUUAUCAUCCGGUUUAAAAUCCCCUUACGAUCUCCUCCUGGAACAAAUUAAAAGGCGCGGCGACUUGGAAACAUCCAUCACACCAUCAGGACGACAGGCUCAGUCCGAAAAUCUCACCAUUGUCGGCAGAUACACAUUACAUGAGGUUCUGGGCAAGGGAUCUUUCUCCAAGGUCCAAUUGGCAACACAUCAGCUUACAAAAGGCAAGCUUCCUCUGCGGAUUCUCACCAACAAACCCUUUGUUUAG